CGGUUCGUUCAUCGUUCAUUUUGUGUGCAAGGUCAAUCUUCCGCUCACUCUUGGCCAUGAGCAAACGCUUUCAAAACACAAGCAAAUUCCGUAAUGUUGUUGGCAGAAUCGCCAAGACGGAGGAUUGGUACUCUGAGCUCCAGAUCAGCACCUCCACACUAUCGGACAAUGCAAACCUGAUUCAAGCCAAUCAAAAGUGGGUAGCGGUAAAAUGGUCCGGCAGUAAGUUAUCAGAACUUGCCUUGAAUGCAGGGCGGAUAUGUCCUGACAUGAGUUUACUUGGGCAGACGGUGGCACUCUCGGAAUCUUGCCACUUGGCAAACCUGGCAAAUAUGUAGCUUCGGAAGGUGCUGGUAUGCUACAUGCCCAUGGAUCAGGUAUCACCGAUUGGACAUUUUCGGAUUUUAGUCAGGAUAUUCUCGCGACUGGAGCUGAAGAUGGCACGGUCAAAGUAUGGAAAUUACCGGAGGAGGGAAUUACCGCUGGAGAGCAGGCAUCAACUCUUGCCGUGUUGAAUGUUCAGUCACCACGCGCAAACUCUGUCAGAUUCCACCCCACGGCCGAAAAUGUACUUACUACGCUUGGAAAUAACAGAAAGGAAGUGUUGAUAUGGGAUAUUGGAAAGGAAGCACCAGCAUUGAAAGUGGAGUCAGAAAGUCUUGUGCAUUCGUUCUCUUGGAAAGGCGACGGAACGCUCAUGGCAACGACUGGUAAAGACAUUGUACAGGUGUGGGAUCCUCGUGCUGAGAAAGCAGCCAUCCAGACCGGUAAAGGACAUGAAGGCAUUAAGGGUUCUCGCUCAGUUUGGCUUGGUUCGAGCAAUUUCAUCCUGUCCACUGGUUUGAAUAAGAUUCGGUAUCGCCAAUACGCCUUGUGGGAUGCUCGUGAUCUUAGCAAACCGAUCAAAAUGAGUUCAUUCGACUCAUCCACUGGCCAACUCAUUCCAUUGUAUGAUGAAGAUACUGAAACUAUUUAUAUCAUUGGACGUGGAGAUUCUACCAUCCGCUCUUUCCAACUAUCUGAUCUUCAAUCUGAGCCAACUAUAGCUGAAAAUAUGGCGUGCGGAACAAACAAUUCUCUCUUCGGUGCCUGUUUGCUGCCCAAAAUGUCGUUGAACGUGAUGAAAGCAGAGGUUGCUCGUGUCAUGACUUUGACUUCUAAUGCCAUAGUGCCAGUUUCAUUCGAGGUCCCACGCAAACAAUACUUGGACUUUCAUUCGGAGCUUUUUCCCGACACAAAAGGAAACGCUCCUGCGUUGUCUGCAAGCGCCUGGUUGAACAAUGAGAACGGGUUAGUUCAGACCGUGUCCUUAGACCCUUCAAAGCGACAAGCUCAAGCAAAAUCCAAUGAUACGAAAAUGUCGCCUUCGCAGCCUAUCGCCGAUACUAUUAAAGAAAAAAGCCCAAUGCCGGCAGCUGCGGAAAAGUCAUCGCCUGCCGAGACUGUUUCGCAGACACCUAUAAAAGCCGACAUCACUAAGUCUUCAUCAACCUCAAGCCCUCCAACACCAGUCGAAACCUUGCCUUCAGAAUCGACAACUACUCCUCCACAGCAGGUACCGGAAGAAACGAAAACCGCAUCUUCACCACUUCUCGCAGCUAAACAGCCAAGCGAAGCUGCUUCACCUGCGAAAGUACUUCCUAAAUAUGGUGCUGCUUCUGUCUCACCUUACAAAUAUAUAGCUGGAAAGCCAUAUCAUCCCAGCGAGCACUUCCAUGAUCUUCGUGGGCUAAGCAGUGAUAAGAGUGGCACGACGAACCUCAUCCAGGCCAGCUCGAAAUUUAUUGCUGUGCCUAUCGCAGGUCCAGGUGGGCGAGUAGGUAUCAUUUCAGCGUCUAAACCAGGCCGAUUACCUACCAAGGUUCCUUCCCUUCAAUGUGGAUCCUCUGUUGUCGAUUUCAAGUUUGACCCUUUCAAUCCAAACAUUCUUGUAACAGCGUCCGAAGAUAACAAGUUGCGCAUAUGGAACAUUCCAGAUGAGGGUAUUAGCGAGGAUGUAUCAGAGCCAGCAGCGGUUUUAUCCUCGAAAACAAUGGAUAAAACCGUUGUCAUUGCUUUCAACCCUGUGGCACAAGAUGUCUUGCUGACUGUGUCGUCUGAUCGAAACAGCGCGGGAAUUAGAAUAUGGGAUCUUAAUAGCAAAACGGAAAAGCAUCAUUUCGAGCAUGGAGAUGUUGUGUUUGACGCUAUUUGGAGUACCGAUGGCCAACAGGUGGCAACAACAUCCAAAUCAAAGAAGAUCAGAGUAUUCGAUGCUGUUCCUGACUUUAAGCUUGUAGCCGAAGGACCAGGACAUCAGUCCAUACGCCCCGCUAAAUUGUUAUGGCUUGGAGAGAUGAACAUGAUUGCCAGUGUCGGUUUUGGUCUUGGCUCUUCCAGAGAAGUCUUGGUAUAUAACUUGGAUGAUCUUUCCAAAGGUCCCUGCUUCAAGAAAAACAUCGAUAUAUCGCCAAGCGUUAUGAGCGUCUACUUUGAUCCAGAUUGCGGCGUCCUUUAUGUUGCUGGUCGAGGAGACCGGAUUAUUCAUACCUUUGAGCUGGAGGAGAGCUCCCUUACCGCACUUGCAAAGUAUGAGUCUGGAACUUUGCAACAGGGUUUCGCCUUCUUGCCAAAGAAGCACUGUAACGUCAAGGCAAUUGAAAUUGCAAAGUUUUAUCGCCUUACUGCAACUAGCAUAGAGACUGUUGGCAUAAAGGUGCCAAGGGCUAGACCUGAGUUCUUCCAAGAUGAUAUAUUCUGUCCGACUAAAGAUGUUGAAUCGCCAGCACAAUCAGCCGAUAGCUGGUUUGCUGGAGAAAUCAAACCUAGUCAAUAUAUAAAUUUGCAGCCAGAUGGCUUAGUACCACUUUCUGAAGCCCCAGCUUUGCCUCAAACGAAUGCCAAAAAGAAGUUUGCCAUUGGAAAAAGGGAAGCAAGUGAUGAUGAAAAGCGUAAAGAUCUUAUGAAGAAAAUGUUUGCCACAGCGAAGGAUGUUGAUGAACAAGCUGAGAAGGAUAAAACGCCUAUCGUCGAGGAUGAAGAGAAAGAAGUGGCUGAUGAUGAAUGGGAUGAUUAACUACCAGUCUGGCGUAUUUAAACCAGUACGACAGACAGUUACUUACUGCCGUCUUUGACAGGUACAGCAAGUUAGAUCAAUAAAUCAUGAGCAUUUAUUGAUAUUUUAAAGU